GCACCAGUCUCUUUUCUGAGAGUGUGCUUAUUCAGUUCGUGAAGUGUGCUUCUUUAAAAAUAGUUUACACAAAUUUUUGUAUGAGUCAAAAGGUAGAAAAACCAGUUCUAUCCGGUCAACGCAUCAAGACCAGAAAAAGAGAUGAAAAGGAGAGGUAUGAUCCAAAUGGGUUUAGGGAUGCAAUAAUCUCUGGACUCGAUAAAUGUUCUAACGAUUUUGAAGCUAUAUCUCGAUAUUUGGACGGUGCUGGAAACAAAUUAGAUUAUCGUCGCUAUGGCGAAAGUCUCUUUGAUAUACUCAUUGCAGGAGGCAUCCUGGUUCCAGGAGGUACACUGUCACAAGAAGGCGAAGGACCAUUUGGAACGGAGGCGUGCAUUUUCAAUACACCGGAUGAAAUCAAUAUGGAAAUAAUGAAGAACUGGGAACAGGUGUUUAUCAAACUAAUGCGUCGCUAUAAGUAUUUGGAAAAAAUAUUCCAGGACGAAAUUAAGAAAAUAUUAAUGUUCGUGAAGUAUUUCCUACCAUCCGAUCGCAAAAAAUUGUCCGUGAUGGUAUACAUCUGGAUAGCGAAUGGUGCCAUACCAUUUACAGCUGUACUUGUCUUGAAUAAUUCUCAUCUGGUCAAAGAUCACUUAGCGUUGGACUUCCUUAUAGACGUGUUCAAGGCUUGGCGACAAGAGAAGGGUGUCAAUUCACUCUAUUCUGCCAUCAAAAAAUCAAACAUUGAAUCUCAUCUGACGAGCUUCAUACCAGACACGAAACAGUCUCAGUUGUACUUUCGCAAUGCCUUUCAGGAUAAUGGUCUAGAGGAAAUACUCAAAUUAUACAACGAUCAGCACCAACAGUUAGCUAAGAAAGAGCUACAGGUGCUUCUGGCAGAUAGCCUCAAUGAGAAUAAACCUCUUCGUGAUAUAAUUAAUGAAAUCAAAGAAAUUGCUUUGAGAGAUAAUAUUUUAGAACAUGAAACAGUUUGUAUUAUAUGGACCACGGUUAUGGACAUUCCAGAAUGGUCUAAAAAGGAGGAACUUGUAACUGAACAAGCCGUACGACACCUCAAAUACUACACAAAUCUCUUCGCCGCAUUUACGGAAUCGGCGCGUUCUGAACUGAGCCUGUUGUUGAAAGUCCAGGACUACUGUUAUUCGAAUAUGACAUUUAUGAAGGCCUUUCAGAAAAUCAUUAUGUUGUUCUAUAAGACGGACGUGAUCUCAGAACAAACCAUUUUGAAAUGGUACAAGCAGGACUACAAUGUUAAAGGCAAAAUGAUGUUUGUCGAGCAAAUGAAAGAGUUCAUUAAUUGGUUGCAAAAUGCAGAAGAAGAAAGUGACUCCGAAGGUGAAAGUGAAUAAAAAUUGGGUUCGUUGGUUUUUGAAUAAAAUAUCAGUGCCACCUAUCAUUGCAAAAUAUGAAAGUAGCAUUUUUUCCAAUGUAUUAAAAUUAUAAUGUAUAAAAAUUUCUGGUGCCUUACUAUGUUGGUGUGUGGCAGGCAAUAGUUGUUUGGGGGACAUGUAACAUUGACCUCACUAAAAUUUAUUCAAUAAUUAUAAAAAAAAUAUAAGUACAAGGGAAAAAAUGAUAUUUGUCUUGAAUUGUCGCCAAUAAAGUCAUAACUCAAAUGUUAUAUAUUAAUGAUUUAUGGUCAAUUUUUUUAAUAUACAAGAAAUUUUAAUAAAAUGGGUUUUAUUUUGUCAA